AUGCUUCUUAGGUUGAAGUUGAUAUGGUUUGAUGGAAUUUGGGUAUUUCAGGAGGAGAAGUUGCCCUAUUCUUUGUAUGUAUCAGACGAGAAACUUGUUGUGUCCAUUGGAACUUACAUGGAGCAAAGACAAGUGUAUGUGGAGAAGAUUUUGACGAGAGUGUAUCGCCAACAAGCUGUUUUCCGAACUCGACCAUUUAACGUAUUUCUGCUACCAUUGCUGGUCAUGAGGUUAUCGUUCUGUGUGUUUAAUUUUGUCCGGAUGGUGCAGAAUUUGGCGACUCACAGCCUUACUUCUAAGUGGAAUGAUGAUUCUUCAAUCCAUAACACAACUUUAUAG